AUGCAAAAAGGCAGCUCAUUAAGGAGGCAUCACAUUGAGAUUAAUAAAGCGCUUACUGCUUUGGUAAGGAAAUGUUUUGCUACCCUUCCCUACCCUACCCUACCCUACCCUACCCUACCCUACCCUACCCUACUCUACCCUACUCUACCUUACCCUACCCUACCCUACCCUACCCUACUUUACCCUACCCUACCCUACCCUACCCUACCCUACCCUACCCUACCCUACCCUACCCUACCCUACUCUACCCGACCCUACCCUACCUUACCCUAUCCUACCCUACUCUACCCUACCAUACCAUACUCUACUCUACCGUACCUUAUCGUACCUUAUUGUACUCUACCAUACCGUACCUUACCCUACCAUUACUAAUUUUAGGCACUAGUACCCCUCUUCACAGCCUUGUUACCAAUAAUUGUCUACAACGUGGGAAUGUUUUUCUGUGCAAAUAGUGGACAAUUUAUGAUUCAUGCAACAUUUACUUUGUCAUUGGCUUCUAUCAUGAAUCCAAUUACAGCUAUUGCCAUGAUCAAACCUUACCGACGAAGCUUUCUAGGCUUUUUCAGGUUUUAUAAAGUUAAAGUGAACAAUGACGUUAUGGUACGAUAUACUACUACUAGCUUUAGUCCGCAAUAA